AUGGACCCCACAGCAGGGCCUGUGUACUACCAGAAGCUGCUGCUCUGGGAGCUGGGCUUGGAGUCUGAGGAGGAAGAGGAGGGGACGUCAAAGCCGCUGGUUCCCCACACCGGGAGGCCCCAGGACUCCACUGAGAACAAGGCUGGUGGCCUUCCGGGAUGCUGGGCUCGGCUAGUCGCAGCCUUGCUGCUGCUGGCCAUUAGCAUCUCCCUGGCUGUGAGGCAACUCCAGACUAGCAGCAGCUCUACCGGAAGUUUGGGCUCCGUGGCCCCUCCAGCCACUGGGCACUCCCAUCUCCCGGGCGUAUACCACCAUGGUGCCAUCAUCAGCCCUGCUGCCGCGUGCUCCACCCUGGGCCGAGAGCUGCUUGUGGCUGGAGGCAACGUCGUGGAUGCCGGAGUGGGAGCAGCUUUGUGCCUGUCAGUGGUGCAUCCUCAUGCCACAGGGCUAGGUGCCACGUUCUGGGGCCUCUUCCACAAUAGCUCCUCAGGCAGUUCAACUGCCCUGACCUCAGGCCCAGCCCGGACCCUGGCCCCUGGGCUGGGGUUGCCCACGACUCUGCCUGCUCUGCGCUUACUGCACAUGCACUUCGGCCGCCUGCCCUGGCCACGCCUGUUGGGGGGCCCCACCAUCUUGGCUCAGGAGGGCUUCCUGGUGGACGCAUCUCUGGCAAGGGCGCUGGCAGCCCAGGGCACAAAGGGCCUCUGCCCACUGCUUUGUCAUGCUGACGGGACCCCCCUGGGUCCCGGGACCCGAGCCACCAACCCAAGACUGGCAGCUGUGCUACGUAGGGUAGCACUCGCCCCCACCCCACACCUCACUGGGGAUGCCCUCCUGAGUCUGAUGGCCAGCGACCUGGGGCUGGAGGCCCCCUCAGCUGAGCCCCUGCCCACCUUGGAGCCAGUGCUGCAGCUGUCUGUGCCCCAGGGCACCCUGCUCACCACCCCUAGCCCAUCAGCUGGCCCAGAACUGCUGGCCCUGCUAGAGGCAGCCCUACACUCUGGGGGGCCCAGCCCUGACCCCUGCCCACCACUCCUACAAGCUACCGGGACCCCGGUGAGCAGCAUCCUGGCCGCCAUCGACAGCAGCGGCUCUGUGCUCCUUCUCACCUCCUCACUCAACAGCUCCUUCGGCUCUGGACACCUGUCCCCCAGCACGGGGGUUCUGCUCAGCAACCUGGUCACCAGCUCUGCAACAAGUGCCUGGGCCUGCCCCCUCAUCUUCCGAGGAGGCCCUGAUGACAUGGAGGCCGACGUGGUGGGGCUGGUAGCUUCAGGGGCUCCCUCGGUCACCAGAGCCAUGACUAGUGCCCUGCUCAGACACCUGGCAGUGCCCCAAACCCAGGCCCAGCACCAGCACCAGCAAAGACCAACAGAGAGUCCCAGCACUUGUGUUCAGGGAACCCUGCUCCAGGUGACAGCCCAUGCAGAGCAUGCCCACGUCUCCAGUGUACCCCAUGGCUGCUGCCCCUUCCAGGGCUUCUAA